AUGAGUCACCAGCCCGGCAUGAGUCCCAGCCCACGGCAUGAGUCACCAGUCCGGCAUGAGUCACCAGUCCACAACAUGGUCACCAGUCCACGGCAUCAGUCACCAGUCCACGGCAUCCGUACCAGUCCACGCAUCAGUCACCAGCCACGCAUCGUCACCAGCCGCAUCGCCACGCAUCAUCACCACGCAUCAGUCACCAGUCCACGGCAUCAUCACCACACCAGUCCACGGCAUCAGUCACCAGUCCCAUCACCACCGGCUCCACCAGUCCACGCAUCAGUCCCAGUCCACGGCAUCAGUCACCAGUCCACGGCAUCCAUCACCAGUCCACGGCAUCAGCACCAGUCCACGGCAUCAGUCACCAGUCCACGGCAUCAGUCACCAGUUCCACGGCAUCCAUCACCAGUCCGGCAUCCAUCACCAGUCCACGGCAUGACCAUCACGGCAUCAGUCACCAUCAGCACCAGUCCACGGCAUCAGUCACCAGUCCACGGCAUCAGUCACCAGUUGGUCACCAACUCCGGCAUCCAUCACCAGUCCACGGCAUCCACCAAUCCACGGCAUGGUCACUUCCACAAGUCCACGGCAUCAGCACCAGUCCGGCAUCAGUCACCAGUCCACGGCAUCAGUCACCAGUUAGUCACCAACUCCGGCAUCCAUCACCAGUCCGGCAUCCACACCAGUCGCACCAACGUCCACGGCAUCAGUCCCAGUCCACGGCAUGAGUCACUGGUCCACGGCAUCGUCACAUCCACGGCAUCACACCAUCGGCAUCAGUCACUAGUCCACGGCAUCAGUCACCAGUCCACGGCAUCAGUCACUAGUCCACGGCAUCAGUCACCAGUCACGGCAUCAGUCACUAGUCCGGCAUCGGGCACCAGUCCGGCAUCGAUCACCAGUCCACGGCGCGUCACCAGUCCACGGCAUCAGUCACCGCAGUCACAGUCCACGGCAUCAAUAUCCGGCAUCGUCACCAGUCCACGGCAUGAGUCACUAGUCCACGGCAUCAGGCACCAGUCCACGGCAUCAGUCCCAGUCCGGCAUCAGUCACUAGUCCACGGCAUCAGGCACCAGUCCACGGCAUCAGUCACCAGUCCACGGCAUGAGUCACCAGUCCGGCAUCAGUCACUAGUCCGGCAUCAGUCACCUAGUCCACGGCAUGAGUCACUAGUCCACGGCAUCAGGCACCAGUCCACGGCAUCAGUCACCAGUCCACGGCAUCAGUCACUAGUCCACGGCAUCAGGCACAGUCUACGGCAUCAGUCACCAGUCCACGGCAUGGUCACUAGUCCACGGCAUCAGUCACAGUCCACGGCAUCAGUCACUAGUCCACGGCAUGAGUCACUAGUCACGGCAUCAAGCACCAGUCCACGGCAUCAGUCACUAGUCACGGCAUCAGUCACUAGUCCACGGCAUCAGUCACCAGUCCACGGCAUGAGUCACUAG